GAAUCCAUUUCAGUCACCACACAGGAAAGAAAUAGAGUUCUGUUCUGCAAUUUUCACUAGUGAGAGACAGCCAUGGAUGAAGCUCCCUUGCACAUAGCCGUGUUCCCUUGGUUUGCUAUGGGGCACCUGAUCCCAUAUAUCCAGCUCUCCAACAAAUUAGCCAAGAGAGGUCAUAGAAUUUCCUUCAUCAUCCCCAGAAAAACGCGGUCCAAGUUAGACCAAUUUAAUCUCUACCCACGUCUCAUAACCUUCUACCCCAUCACUCUGCCUCCCUGUGAUGGUCUUCCUGAUUAUGCAGAAACUACUUCUGAUGUUCCUCCCCCCUUUUUUCGACUUAUCAUGGCAGCCAUGGAUCGAACUGAGAAUCAAAUUGAAGAACUUCUCCUUCAGCUAAAGCCACAAAUUGUCUUCUUUGACUUCGUUUAUUGGCUUCCAAACUUGGCUUGCAAACUAGGCAUCAAGUCUGUUCUAUUCUUGAUUAUUAAUCCCGCAACUGUAGGUUAUAAUGCAUCCCCAGCUAGGCUGCUUCAAGGAAGUAAGUUGACCGAAGCGGAUCUCAUGAAACCCCCUUCUGGAUUCCCUUCAUCUUCCAUGAAGCUUCAUCCCCAUGAAGCAAAAAUCUUUGCUUGGAGAAGAACUUUGGAUUUUGGAAAUGGGAUUUUCUUCCAUGACCGUUUAUAUAAAGGUCUGACACAAACAGAUGCUAUAGCAUUCAAAGGCAGCACAGAAAUUGAAGGACCCUUUGUGGACUAUCUUGCAAACCAAUAUGGAAAGCCAGCUCUGCUUUCAGGCCCUGUUGUCCCAGAGCCACCCACGUCUCGUUCGGAUGAAAAAUGGGCUCGAUGGCUCGAACAAUUCAAGGAGGAUUCCGUAGUUUAUUGUGCAUUUGGAAGCGAAUGCAUAUUACAGACAGCCCAAUUCCAAGAAUUGUUGCUUGGUCUUGAGAUGACAGGGUUACCAUUUUUGGUAGCACUACUUAAGCCACCAGGUGGAUUCGAGUCCGUUGAAGCAGCCAUGCCAGAAGGAUUCAAGGAAAGAGUUAAAGAGAGAGGGAUUAUUUACGGAGGAUGGGUUCAGCAACAAGUGAUCUUAGCUCAUUCAAGUGUAGGUUGCUUCAUAACGCAUUGUGGGGCAGGGUCUAUAACAGAGGGAUUGGUGAACAAGUGUCAGUUAGUGUUGCUUCCACAAACAUUACCAGAUCACAUCAUGAAUUCGAGGAUGAUGAGCUCUGAAUUGAAAGUUGGGGUUGAAGUAGAAAGAGGGGAAGAAGAUGGUUUGUUCUCGAGAGGAAGUGUGUGUAAGGCUGUGAAGAUUGUGAUGGAUGAUGAGAGUGAGACUGGGAAAGAGAUCAGAGAAAACCAUGCAAAAUUGAGAAGCUACUUGCUAAGCAACGAUUCGGAGUCUUCUCAUAUGGACCGUUUUUGUGAGAAGCUACGUGAUUUACUCAGGUGAUUUAUUUAUGGGUUCCACCUAAAACCGAGGCUCUUGAGUUUGUGUGGUUCAUGCUUUUGAGUUUUACUCUUUCGGGUGAUUUAUUGUUGUGCAUGGUGAAUAUCUUUCACUUUGGCUUUCUUAUUGUUCAUGUGCUUUUGAGAUGAUUCUAAGCUAAAAUGG